AUGGCCGCCGCAGCAGUCUGUCCUGUCGUUGGCACGACCAACACGAUGCUACCUCCGUCCCACCCCUCAGUCGAUCUCUCGAAGGAUGGACUAGUCUGCCCCGUCACCAAAGCCAAGACUGACCACCAUCAUAACCUCGAGAAGCAUCCGGGCAUACCGGCUGAUAGCAGCAAUGCGGAGGAGUGCCCUGCGCUACAGAAGAUCGUGAGCAAACCUGAUCAGAAGGCUAUGGACGAGGGAAUCUGCCCGGUCAUCGGAACUGCCACGAGUGUCCUGCCACCGGAUCAUCCAAGCCUGUCGGGAAAGAAUGACAGUGAUGUCUGCCCAGUCACGAACGCGAAGCUUGGUGACCAUAAGGACAAGAUAACCCAGCACCCGAGCGUGGAGGGAGCGGCUAAGGACGCGGUCUGCCCUGUCGUUGGACGGUCUGCGUGA